AUGCAAUCAGCACGAUCAACAUCAUACGAAAUUAAGCAGGAAAAAGAGGCUGUUCAUAUCGUCAUAUCACAAAUUAGCUUAUUGCUUACCGCGCUCACCGAGAGGAACUUCAAGGAGAUCGAAAAGAAGAUUGACUUUCUGCUUGAAAAAUCCCCAUUUGCAGUUUAUAUCAAAUAUUGGGAAAAAUUAUUGGUGCUUUGUUCUAGGGAUAUAAAGAACAAUCAUACUUUGGCACCACAGGACAAUUUAAUCCAUAGAUUACUUGCUACCCAGUUUCUGAAACUUCCAUUAAAGGCACCAGGCGCCCAGGAUACCUUAUCGCGAGAAAUCUUCAGUAAUUUCGCAUUUUUAGACCAGUGUGGUUUGAAAUCAGAAGAUUUAGAAGUACUAUUUGACGCCACCACUAACGAUCUCAUUUUAGAGUCAGUGAACCCUAAUAUCACAAUAAAGAAACUUGCAUCCACGUUAGAAAUAAAGAUGAACAAUAUCAACUACUUUCAAAAUUUUCUAUUGCAAUCCGCGGCGACUACGCUGGAAUCAAAUCUAACCGAUUUACUCCAUUCAUUAGAGGGUGAAAGCUUGAACGAUAUGGUGGCACUUAUGUUAUCAGAGGUUAUUUCCCCAGGAUCUCAACGAGUACAACAGGAAACACAAGAGAGGUGGCUCAAUCCUCAGUCCGCUGCAGAGGCUACGAACAUAGGUAACACGAUCUUCAAGUCGAUCGAUAAACUCCCAAAGGAUGCUAUCAACUGGAAUCGUGUUUUCAACUUAAUGUCCACCAAGUACUUUCUCACUACACUGAUAAAACCAACCAUAGCAUCUCUCAGUUCCUUUUUCGCCUGUCUACAAAGAGGGCGCUUGAUAGAUCAGUUUUUCGGCUGUGACUGGGACAUGACUUUCAAGUUAGACUUAGCUUUUCUUUUACACCAAUGGUCACCACAACAGGGUUGUUUUGACCUUUUGAGUGUUGAAGGCACAAGAAAAGUUACGGAUCUAGUUCCUAAUUCCAAAGGAUCGCUACUUUAUCUAUUGUCAGUGGCUUCACUGGAUUUGGAAUUGUUUUUGUUGAGAGAUGAACUAUCGAGCAAUCCAAUGUUGCCAUAUUACCAGGAAUGCUUUUUCGAAGACUUCAACCAAGUUCCAGAGCUUCUUGGCUUUGCUUUACUAUCCAAUAUGAAACAUUUUACUCUAUUGGUAGAGAAUAAGACCAUAAUUAAUGAAAUCAUGGUCACUCUACUGGUUCAAACUUUUGAAAGAUCACCGGAUGUACUGGGCCCUCUCAUUGAAGCUAUCCCAGAUAACGAUCGCAUCUUGGAGGCCACCAGGAUCAUAUUAAGCAAAGAAAAAUUACGUCCCUCAGAAUUGGUAAAAAUUCUAGCCAUAAAGGGUAAACUGGACAAUUUGAUUGAGCAACUAUCUUUUGCAGAAGCACUCAAGAUUACUCCGUGCGCGAGAAAAGUGGGAUGGUUAGGAUUUGAGGAUUUCAUUCAAAAGAGACUCAAUAUCAAUACUGCGUCUCUAAUUUUAGAUACUUUGGAUUUGCAAGCGAAAAUGACGGACGCAAAUAACCCUUUCGCUGUGACAGAAAGAUUCGAUCUACCGGCUUUGCAUUUCUUGAUCACUACCAUGGUCAAAUUCUCACUGAAAGAAAGCGAUUUGGAACGUUUUGAAGGUAUACAAUUCUCGUUGAUCAUUGCAUUUCCUCGUUUAAUAAACUAUGGUUUUGGGCAUGACCAAGCGAUUUUGAGUAAUGGAGAUAUAAAUCCUAUUGCUCCUGAUGUGGAGAAAGAGAUGCAAAACUACUUACAGAAGAUGUACAGUGGCGAACUGGCAAUAAAAGAUAUAAUUGACAUUCUGAGAAAGCUUAGAGACAGUCAAAAUGUCAGAGACCAGGAUGUUUUCGCUUGUAUGACACACGCUGUUAUCGCAGAGUCUAGCUUUUUUAGAGAUUAUCCACUUGAUGCGCUAGCAACGACAUCUGUCCUCUUUGGCUCUAUGAUACUGUUCCAACUACUUCGUGGGUUUGUGCUAGAUGUUGCUUUCCGAAUCAUUCUGAAUUUUGCAAAGGAGGGACCUGAGUCUAAAAUGUUCAAAUUUGCUGUACAGGCUAUUUAUGCAUUCAAGAUUAGACUUGUUGACUACCCCAAUUACUGUAAAGACUUGCUGGAAUAUGUCCCAGGACUACAAACUCAACCUCAGGUCUAUCAAUCUGUCGUUGAGGCAGCGAAGUCAGCGGAAAGACUACAUAGUAAAACUCCGGACGAUGCAAGAAAACCUGUUGAAACGAUUCCACUCAAGUAUUUUGUGCUUGAAGAACCAUCAGCCCAGGUAUUACAAGAGAACCCUCCAAAGGAGAUAACUGAAAAAGUGCUCUUUGUCGUGAAUAACAUUACCAUGGAUAACUUCGAUGUCAAAAUUAUAGACCUUAAAACCGUGCUGACGCCCAACUACUUUUCUUGGUUUUCGAAUUAUCUCGUCAACCAAAGGGCAAAAACGGAACCUAACUAUCAUAAACUUUACAGCAGGAUUUUGACGUCGAUAAAAUCUGACCUUUUGCAUGAAUACAUGGUCGCAGUGACCUGCAAGCAGCUGUACAUUUUUCUGUCGACCAAAGACGCCCAGCUAAUAGACAAAAAUCACCUCAAAAACAUGGCAAUGUGGCUUGGAAGCAUCACCUUGUCGCUAGAUAGGCCUAUCAGGCAUCGCAACAUAGCGUUCAGAGAACUUCUAUUGGAGGCCUACAUGGAAAAGCGGCUAAACGUUGUCGUUCCCUUCGUCGCUAAAGUUUUGCAAAACGCUGCUGACUCGAAGGUUUUUAGACCACCAAAUCCUUGGACUGUUGGAAUUGUCAGGCUCCUCCUGGAAUUGAAUAAUAAAGCUAACUGGAAGUUGAGCUUGACCUUUGAGGUCGAAGUUCUGCUUAAGUCUCUUAACAUUGAUCCUAAAAGUAUUACUCCUACUGACAUGAUUGGUGCGAACAACGCUGUUGAUGAACUGGCUGGUAGCAUUAACAGUUUGACAGUAGAACAAAGGCACGCAGAGCAGCAGAGACAAAUGAUGACCAUGCAGCAAUACCAGCAGCAGGUACUUCUCUCCCAACAAAGACAACAAAGGGUUAUUUCUGGUGGGUUGGUACCUUCUAUCGAACAAAGACCCGUCGGAGUGGAAACCUCUGCAUUAGCAGGUGAAAACCCUUUCAAUAAUCUCAAUGGUUCUACCAUUUUUGCUACCCAUCCAGACUUAAUGCGUGUUUUUCAAAUGGCGAUGGCCAAAUCUGUCAGGGAGGUGUUAUUGCCGGCUGUAGACAAGGCUACUAGCAUCGCGGUGGUUACUACGAUGAAGAUAGUUCUCAAAGAUUUCGCCACUGAAGUGGAUGAGAUGAAACUGAAGGCAGCAGCCAUAGGAAUGGUCAGGCAUCUUUCCCAAAGUUUAGCUCGUACUACAGCUGUAGAGCCUUUAAAAGAAGUGAUCGUAUCAACCACGCACUCUUUAGCACCAAAUCUCAUGGGCAUGCAGAAUUCAUUUGUUGACGAACUGAAUACUGCAAUAAAUGACAAUUUAGGCGUGGCCCUUGCCAUCAUUGAGAAGGCGGCUAUGGAUAAAGCGACCCAGGACAUUGGUGAGCAGUUGAUGCAACCUAUAGCAAUUCGCCGCUAUCAUAAAGAGAGAAGGGCGGGCCAACCAUUUUUAACCCAAAACACAAAUCCUUACUCAUUGACAUUACCAGAGCCUUUAGGUUUAAAAAGUUCUGGUGUAACACCCCAACAGUUCUCAAUAUACGAAAACUUGGGAGAUCACGGCUCAAACUUUGAAAACGCACCGGAUGCGACCGGGCCACCACAGAACCAACAAAAUCAUCAGCAGAUACUCCUGCAACAGCAGCAAGCUCGUCCACAGCAACAGCAGCAUCUUGCACCAACUUCUCAGAUGCAUGUGCCGCCAGUUCAGAACCAGCUUCCAAUUCAAAACUCUCAAGGCAUGGGCAUCCAGAGUGAAUUGGAACAAAAUCAUCGCGUGCUUGUUCAUUUGAUGGAUGGACUAGUUGUUCAAAUCAAAGAGAACGCCGACAAAAGAGGCCUCAGAGACCUAGGAGAGCAAAAUUCUAUCAAAGCUAUCAUUUUCCAAAUAUUGAGUUUUAUAGCCCGCAGUUCCCAGAAGGAUCAGCUUGCUCUAAAGGUCUCUCAGGCUGUCGUCAACAGUCUAUUCGCCACUAGUGAGAGUCCACUGUGCCGUGAGGUUUUGUCGAUGUUACUGGAGAAAUUAUGCUCCUUGUCCAUCGUCGCCAGGAAAGACGUGGUAUGGUGGCUUGUUUAUGCGCUUGAUAGCAGAAAAUUCAAUGUGUCGGUGAUAAGGUCUUUACUGGACGUCAAGUUGAUCGAUGCUAGCGAACUGGAUAACGUAUUGGUCACCACCAUGAAAAACAAAAUGGAGAACUCUGUGAACUUUUCAAUGGAACUGAUAAGAGACACAGUAAUGUCAAGCUCACCAAUCUUGAUGCGUAUGGAUUUUAUCUGCACUCUAGAAUAUCUCGGUACACUGGAUGAUGCCAACGUCAAGUCAUUCUUGAGAGAUUAUGAGAAGGAAGUUGUUCUUCCGGUCGAGUUAAAAACUAAAGUCACCAAUACAGAGAGGUACUAUCUGGUUUUUACGGAAUGGGUCAAGUUACUGCAAAGAGUCGAAGGUGAUGAUAUUUCCACCAUCGUGUUUUUGAAACAGAUGAAAGACAAGGGUGUUCUGUCAAAAACGGACCAGCUCAUUGAGUUCAUCAAGGCAGCUCUAGAAUUAUCCAUAUUCUCAUUUAAGGAAAGUGACCCAACUGGUGAGGUCUUUACAGCGAUAGAUGCACUGGGCAAAAUGAUAAUAAAGCUACUGGUGGUACAAGAUUUUACGGAAAUGACAAGGGCGGACUAUCUAAACCUCGUUUUCCCAGUCAUUGCUCUAGUGUUUUCGAAGGAUCAUGAACAAGAGAAUACAACUUUCAAUGAGAGGCCUCAUUUCAGACUGCUUUCAAACUUCCUAUUCGAAUGGGAGACUAUUCGGGGCCAUAAGUUUAUCAAGGUGCGUAAUGUGGUAACGCGUAAGGAAUUACUUGAUUUCGAUACAGAGUUUUACAACAUCUUCUCUUCCUACUUACAGUCUGCGCAACCGAUUGCUUUCCCUGGGUUUUCUUUCGCAUGGGUAACUUUGAUCUCACACAGAAUGUUCUUACCCACCAUGCUUCGACUACCCAACAACGCAGGAUGGAAAAAUCUGAUGCUAUUGCUUAUUGACCUAUUGAAGUUCUUGGAUAAAUACACGGACAAGAAUGAGGUCUCCAACGCCAUUUCAGUCGUCUAUAAAGGUGCAUUGCGUGUCUUUUUGGGUAUCUCGAAUGAUAUGCCAGAGUUUUUGAUUGAGAACCACCUCGAAUUAAUGAACAACUUACCACCAACCUACUUUCAGUUGAAGAACGUUAUUCUUUCAGCGAUUCCAAAAAAGAUGAUGCUACCAAACCCAUACGACCCAACUCUUUCUUUGGAAGAUAUCGCUGCCUGUAAGGAGCCACCAAAGGUGUUUUAUGACCUAAUAGCGGAAUUUAGCACGCUGAAGAAACCGGUCGACAAUUAUCUGCGCAUUCCAUCGAAUUCGUUGCUCAAAACUAUUAUCAGCAACACCUAUAGAAACGAGUAUGAGCUGAAGAAUGGUAUUGGUUAUGACUACUUGUCGGUGGACAAUAAUAUUGUGCGUGCCAUUGUAAUCCACGUCGGAAUAGAGGUAGGAUCAGAGUACCAGAGAAUGUCCUCCAGCGCUGUUUUCAACACCAAAUCUGCCUAUUACACGUUAUUGUUCAACUUGAUUCAUGACGGUACAGUCGAGCUACAGUACCAAGUUAUUCAAGCGAUGGUUGAGCAGCUAAGGUAUCCAAACGUUCACACCUACUGGUUCAUUUUUGCGCUGAGAAACAUGUUUGUCUCCGAAGAAUGGGGUGACCAGCUUCUCGAAGUCCAAGAGAUAAUUUUGAGAAACUUACUAGAGAGGAUCAUUGUCAAUAGACCUCACACUUGGGGUAUCUCUGUCAUUUUCACACAACUCAUUACAAGCAAGGAGAUCAACUUGCUCGAUUUGCCAUUUGUCAAAAAACUACCAGAAGUAAGGAAUCUACUGUCGCCACUCUACAGGCAUACCUCCACGGGCAACAGUAUUGACAAUUCGAACCACCAGCUUUUGGGAAACUCUGCUUCAGGCAUCGUCGAUGCAAAAGUAUGA